AUGAGUUACGACCCGAGGUUGGGCGCCGGGGCAUACCGUGCGACGGACCCAGAAAGAGAUGGAGAUUCGAAGCCCGGCUCAGUACGGGCAGCUCGGGAGAGAAUGCAGGCCGAGCAAAAGAGGACACAGCUCCCAGACACUUCAAAGAUCAUCGGUCUCCCCCGCCGACCCAACCAACUCGUCUCGCAAUAUUCUCAGGGGAAGGCUGGGCCAUCGCCGAUAAGGGUUGUGCCAGACACCAGAAAUGAGAUCGAGUCGAGCUCUCCGUCACCACAAUGGCCCCUCCCUAGCAGCAGAACCGAGAGGGUAGAUCCCCCUCCUGACAUUCCGCCACGUUCGCCCAAAAGGAUCCGGGCACCACGACAAGACCCUCGCCCCCUGUCCGAAGACUUUCCAAUUCAGCAAUUAUCACCAGACACGGCCUCUCCGAUGUCCAUAGGCUUCUCACAACGUAACGACAACCUCUCACCGGGCUCUUUUCAGUCUUCAUCACGUCCAAUCACCACGUCAUCUAUCGCGUCCGAUUCCUCGAUUGGAUCCAUACCCGAUUUCCCCGUCCCCCAACCGCCCAUGCCAAACAUACAACAAACUCGACGAUUUCCAAGUAUAGGCCCGCCACCCUCUGCGCGAAGAGGACCUUCGUCAUACUACACACAAAUGUCUUACGUGUCACCCAUUGUCGAGGAGUCAGAGUCCCACUCUACAGCAAUCCAGUCGCAGCGAGGUUCUUUUGCAUCGAGUAAUGUAUUUCCAAGCAACGCAGAUGCCUUCUACCCAGAUGACGACCCCUUUUCCGACGAAGAAGGAACAAUCGAUAGCAAUAUGGAUACCCUUUCCGCCAGCGAGCAUGACGACCAAAGGGGCCUUGUUCAGCCGUCGCCAGGUCUUGUGCGACAAGCCAGUCUGGGUAGGCGAACCAAGCCAUCGCUCAUGACCAUCAGAUCUGUGGAACCUUCCGGUGACAAGAAGAAUGGCCUAAAUAAGCCAAGGACGGAUGCUUCCGGAAUCGCUGCAAUGGGACUGGGAUCAGCAGCGUUUUCAUCAAGAGAUAGUUCCCCUGGAAGGGCGAGGUCGCCUUUGAGCAGGUCGACUUCGUCGGAAUCCACAAGCACACUACAAACAUUCAGAAUGAAGUCCGCAGCUGGAGGAACCGCGUCGCCGCUUCAACAAGAACUACGCCCAAUCGCACUGGGGGACCGCGCUGCCACGCGACGGCCUCCAAGACUCGACAUGGAUGCCGUUCGUGACGCUGAGGCACGUGGUAGUCUAACAAGUUUGCCGGAUUUGAUUCGAAGAGCGACACGACUCGCGUCUAAUCUCGACCGUGGACGUACAGCUAGUCGACUGGGUAUGGACUUUUGGGAAAGUGGCGGACCUGAAAAGAACAAUGGGCGCCAGUCAGGUCUGUCUGAAAUGCUUGCGGCAUUUCCUCCACCUGGCCAGGAAACCCCAGUUCGUUCAGGUUGGGCUACUCCAAACGCCAGCAAUGGUGGCAACUCUGAUUGGCCUUCGGUCAGAAACUCAGACCGCGGCUUCGUAAACAAUGAUACUAAGAACGAGAAACCGGAGAAGCGCCGGAGAUGCUGUGGCAUGCCACUAUGGACAUUUAUCACACUUCUGAUUGUUUUGCUUUUCAUCAUCGCUGCAGCAGUCGUCAUCCCGGUUGUCUUGGUCGUCAUUCCCAACCAGAACAGGGCGGCUAGUACCAGCGCUGCUCAAGACAACACAGGAAGCAACAAUGGUAACGGCGGUGCGAGCACCACAAAUGGCGCGGCCAUUCCAGCUCCGACAGCCGGCGCAGGAGAUAGACAAUGUUCUGGUGUGAUCACCUGUCAAAACGAAGGUGUUGCAAUACUCAACGCGGACAUGUCAUGCAGCUGUAUCUGCAUCAACGGCUUUACAGGACGCACAUGCACCAACAACGAUGCCACUGGAUGCACAACCACUAGUAUUGCAGGUACGGCGAACAACGCUACCAUGGGCUCCGGUAUCCCACGCCUGAUCGAAGAAGCCCCAACUAACUUCAACGUGCCCCUAAAUGCAACCCUUAUCCUGUCACUGUUCUCAACACUUUCUCUGAGCUGCGCGGCCGAGAACGCCUUGAUCACAUUCAACGGUCUGGCUUCUCGAUCUGUACCCCGGCACCUGCACUCUAUGGAUUUGCGGACGACAUUCCAUCCUUCACGCACGCUAUCAGCUCUUCAUCAUCCCCGUCCUGCGCAAAUCCCAGGUCAGCAAGUCAAGCGUCAGACAGUCGGCCAGAGCAGGCAGAACGGAGCUUCUGGCAACCAGAACUCGGGUGGCACGAAUGCUUUGAUCACGCAGCCCAUCUCUAGCAAUGUCGAUGCGCUUGACCUUGGCCGUAUCGCUGUUCUACUUGCGCUUCAGGAAAGUCGUAGUCUAGACGUUGCUGCCAACGCACAGGAAUCCAUACAGACCCUACUCACCGACAAUCGUAACGGCAAUGCCAAAUCUGGAACGGUCGAUGUCGGCCCUUUCGAACUGAACAUGGUGGAUUUCACCAUCAAGUUUGGAAAUGGAACUACGAUACAGGCGAAACCUCCCUCCCCAACCACCUCUUGA